AUGGCAGUUCCCCUGGUCCGCAUGUGCRCGCAGCUUAGAGGGGACAUUGCCGGUGUGGCAGUUCCCCUGGUCCGCAUGUGCGCGCAGCUUAGAGGGGACAUUGUUGGUGUGGCAGUUCCCCUGGUCCGCAUGUGCGCGCAGCUUAGAGGGGACAUUGUUGGUGUGGCAGUUCCCCUGGUCCGCAUGUGCGUGCAGCUUAGAGGGGACAUUGUYGGUGUGGCAGUUCCCCUGGUCCGCAUGUGCGCGCAGCUUAGAGGGGACAUUGUCUAUUGGUGCUCUGACUGCAUUUGUCUUCAUAUAACUGUUUCCACAGCUCUGCCCACGGCCUCAGUGAAGAUAGUCACUCCACAGGGUCUCCUCUACCCUGGAGAGACAGUCACUCUGCAGCGUGACAUAUCAGACUACACAGACUGGACGUACCGCUGGUUCAGAUACAAUAAAGAGCUUCCCAGUCAGACUAGAAAAACCAUCACCAUCUCUCUCCCUGACCAGGCUGGUCAGUACCAGUGUGUUGGGAUGAGAAGAGGUCGGCCCCAGAAGUCAUAUCACAGCUCAGCUCUCCCCAUCAUCAUCACUGACUAUUCUGCCUCACUGGAUUUAUGAUCAGUUACCCAUCAAGAGGACAUAUCAUGCAGCAGAUCAGAUCCAUGUUUUCCAGAUGCAUCAAACACGUUUCUUGAUUCCAACAGAUAGUCGUCCGACAGCUACACUGAGUUCUGACAAAGAGGACGUGUUCACAGGAGACAGUGUGACACUGAUCUGUACUGUAGAGUAUUCUGGAUGGAGGUUUUACUGGUACAGACACAGACCAGACUCUACACCAGAAUAGCUGUACAUUAUUCUGGAUAUUAUUCUGUUUAUUAUUCUGGAUA